AUGUCUUCCAACAACCAGAGCAUUGCCCAGAAGGUUCGCAGCAGCCAGCCUCAGAUGUUCCUAUCUUUGGCUCCCACUACCUCUGCCUCUUACCCUACUGCUCAGAGCAUCAAGCCCGCCCUCCACGCCCGCCGCAGCUCCAGCCAGAGCAGCGUCGGAAGCGUGAGCAGCCUGCGCUUCCUUAAGCUAGGCCCCGUCCACUACGGCGAGCACCCCGGUGAGCACAAGGAAGACUUCCACGAGGUCGCCGUCGAGUAA